CUUCAGCGAACCAACUCUCUCUGCGCGAUUCAUCUUUCCGAUCAAAAGCGACAAUGGAUCUCCCGCGAGACGUCGACGACUACAUCAAAGACACGAUCGACCACUCUCUAGGGAUCCCGAUCUCCAUCGACGCGCUCCACAAAAAACUCUCCGCUUCUCUAGAGUCUCAGCGUCGUCUCCGCGAACAGUACACGUCUCUAGUCUCCAGGUUAAAGGAGAAAGAAAAAGUAAUCGAACUCGCGAGAUCCGAAGCGAGCAUCAACGCGCAAGCCGUUAAGAAAUUCGUCGAGGAGAAUCGGAAACUGAGUGGCGAAUGCGAGGAUUUGGCGAAACAGUGUAAGAGUUGGGAGAGAGAGUGCUUCCUUUAUCACCAAGACCGUGAAGCGUUGAUGGAGUUUGGGAACGAAGCGGAGGAGAGGGCGAGAGAGAGUGAAUCUAGGGUUCGGAAAUUAGAGGAGGAAGUGAAAACGAUGUCUGGUAAGAAGUUAGAAGAGGAGGAAGAGUGUUUGGUUGAUUCGGUUUUGGGAUUUGUUAGCGGAGAUGAGAUUGAGUUUGGUCGUGUGUUCUUGGAAGCGAAUGUUGAAGACCAGACAUUGUUGAGGAGAUGGGAUGAGUUGAAGCCGUCGACGCGGAAGGCUGUGUCUUUGGUCUCGAUGGUGAAGAGGAUUGAGAAGGAGAAAGAGUGUCUUAUUUUGAAUCUGGCUAAAGCGGAACAAGAAGUUGAGCUUGUGUGUGAGCAGAACAGGGGGUUAGAUGAAGAGAAUCGCAAGUUGUUGUUGAAGCAAUGUAGUGGUAGUAGUAAGUCUAAGAAGAGAAAGAGUCCUAAGAUGAUGAGUAGCAGUAGCCCAGGAGGAUCUAUCAAUGGUGAUAUAUAAGGGUAGUGUAGUUAGUGAUAUGAUUAUUUUGCAGUAUAUUUAUUUGAACCUGAUUUGAUAACUUUGGUGAUUAGUGAAGAAGUUAAUUGUUUAGAGGAAACUGGAAUGGAAUGUUUUGAGGGAUAAUCUCUGACUAUGUAUAAAGAAUAUGAGAUUGAAAUAGAUGCAGCUCGCUUUUGGAAACAC